AUGCCAAUUGUUUCAAGCGAUGGCCAAGCAUGCCGGAUUUUUAAGGGUAUACCCAUAGCUAAACCACCUGUUGGUGAACGUCGGUUCAAGUUACCGGAACGGCCGGAGAGAUGGCAAGGAAUCAGAGAUGCUUCUCGUUAUAGUGCCGCUUGUAUGAGCAACUCGUCUGUGAGCAGAUCACCACAAAAAAUAAUAAGUGAGGAUUGUCUUUACAUGAACAUAUUCGUCUCUGAGAACUGCUUAAAAAAGAAACGUUCCUGCCCCGUUGUGUUCUUCAUACAUGGUGGUAGUUUGAAUUACGACUCUGCUGUGAUGUUUGACGAUCAAUACAUAACGGAUCGAUAUUCAUCGAAAGACGUAGUUUUCGUCAUAUCCGCUUAUCGACUUGGAUUUUUUGGUGUUUCUGAAUUCGCCGACGACAAAAUAGUUCCUCGAAAUUUGGCACUUUACGAUAUAUUAACUGGCUUGGAAAUGGUUCACUAUGAAGUGGAAGCAUUCGGUGGAGAUCCGAAAAGAGUUACACUCAUGGGCCAUUCCCAAGGUGCAAGUGUGGCUGUGGUGUUCGCAGUGUCCAGGUUGUUCAUAAUAUUCUUUUGA